UCUCAAAGUGUGCAAAAAAGAGUGGGAAAAGAAACCAAAUGAUAUAGAAAAAUUUCAAAGCUCUUCUUUCUCUUUAACAUACAUACUAAUCUUUAGGCCUUACUAAGAUCAUCAAGUUUCAAGAUCUAGAAGAUCGAGCUAUAAUGGAGAACUCAAACCGCAGCACAUUUCAUCUUAAAGUUAGACGAAGCAAGCCAACUCUGGUUUCCCCCGCGGAGGAAACAGAGAAGGGUCUCUACUUCCUCUCGAACCGUGACCAAAACAUGGCGGUGAUAAUUCGAACAAUCCAUGGUUUCAAGUCAAGCGAGAGAGGAAAUGACAAGGCAGGAGAAGUGAUCCGGGACGCCUUGGGGAAAGUUCUUGUCCACUACUAUCCUCUUGCAGGGCGACUAAUGAUAAGCUCGGAGGGAAAACUCGUCAUAAACUGCACCGGAGAAGGCGUUGUUUUUGUUGAGGCUGAAGCAGAUUGUGAGAUGAAGGAGAUUGGAGAUGUAACAAAAAAACCUAAUCCGGACACUCUUGGAAAGCUGGUCUAUGAUGUUCCUGGUACAAAGAACAUACUAGAAAUGCCACUUUUGGUGGCUCAGGUGACUAAAUUCAAAUGUGGAGGCUUUGCUCUUGGCUUAUGCGUAAACCAUUGUAUGGUUGAUGGAAUUGCUGGUUUGGAGUUUGUGAACUCGUGGGGUGAAACUGCCAGGGGACUACCCUUAACUGUCCCGCCUUUUCUUGAUAGGACCAUUCUCAAGUCUCGGGACCCUCCUCGAAUUGAAUACCUACACGGCGAAUUCUCUGAGAUUAAAGACAUUUCUUACACCAACAGGCUCUAUGAGGAAAAAGUACUCUACAAAUCCUUCUGUUUCUACCCGGACAUGCUUGACAAGUUAAAGGUGAAAGCCAAGGAAAAUGGAGCUCUAGAAAAGUGCACUACAUUUGAAGCGCUCUCAGCAUUCGUGUGGAGAGCCCGAACCAAGGCGCUUAGUAUGUUGCCAGAGCAAGAGACAAAGCUCCUGUUUGCUGUUGAUGGAAGGCCUAGGUUCAUACCACCACUUCCAAAAGGGUAUUUUGGCAAUGGAAUAGUGAUUACCAAUUCCAUAUGCCAAGCCGGCGAGCUCUUGGAAAAGCCAUUAUCUUUUGCGGUUAGGUUAGUUCAGGACGCGAUUAAGUUGGUAAACGAUAGUUACAUGAGAUCAAGCAUAGAUUAUUUCGAAAUAACAAGAACCCGGCCUUCUUUGGCCUGCACUCUUUUGAUAACUACUUGGUAUAGCGUGGCGUUUCGUACCACGGAUUUCGGAUGGGGAAAGCCUGUUUUAUCAGGUCCAGUGGCACUGCCACAGAAGGAGAUGAUCUUGUUCCUCUACGAUGGGGAAGAGACCAAAAGUGUAAAUGUGCUAUUGUGUCUGCCAGCUCACGCCAUGAAGAUGUUCCAAGAACUAGUGCAUAUCUAGAACACUUUGGUAUAUCUUAUUACAUUGCUUUUCUUUUCUUUCUUUUUUUAAAUUUCCAAAUUACUAUCACUUUCAGAUUGCUCUACUAGGGUAAUCAAAUAAAACUAGUAUUUGAAGCACAGAAUAACAUAUAUAAAAUAAAUAAAAGUUUAUGCUGAGCUCAGUAUGCUUUAUGAAAACAGUCAGAUUGUUUCUUUACAAGGCU